AUGGCUAACAGCAACCCACCAUCCCACGAACAACUUAAAAAGGAUCUUAAAAAGGAUGCCGAAAACACCAAAAACAGAGCCGCUGCUGAUGCUAAAGAAUUGAAGGAUCAAGGUCAAGCUAAGGCACAAGAAUUGAAGAAGGAAGGAAAAGCUAAAGCUCAAGAAGUGAAGAAGGCUAGUGAGGAAGAAGCUGAAGAUUUGAAAGAAGCCAGCAAAGAAUUGUACGAAGCCGCCAGAGAAAGAGGUGAAGUCAUAUACGAUGCUGCUCAAGAGAAAGGACACGAAGCUCUCGAAGCUACUAGAAAGGAAUUGGACCGUUUGGAAGAAGAAGGUAGAACUUUGUUUUCAAAACUCAGUGCAUCAAUACAACGAGGUGCCAACCAAUUUGGUCAAUUUUUACAAAGAUCAAGUCAAAACAUUCAAGCUGGUGUUUCCCAAGCAGCUUCUAGAACUGCCAUUGAAUUACAAAACCCAGUUGUUGUAACUCAAUUAUUUGUCAUUGCUGGUGGUGCCGCUGCUGGUUAUUUGGGUUGGAUUGAAAGAUACAGAAUCAGAAGUGACCACAAUCUUGUUGUUGGUAUUCAUGCUUCCGUUAUUACCGGAUUAGUUUUACUUGAUGGAUUCUUGUUCAACAAGUACUACCCACAAUACGACAAGAAAAGAACCACUGUUCGUAAGUAA